UAUAAAAGGUGCAGUGUAUAGACAUUUUUGUCCUAGCUGGAUCUUUCAUCCCUUCUCCCCUACACUUCUUUAAAUCUUCCCCAUUCAUCUUCCUUUAUUUCUUCAUCAAUUUCCCUCUUCACCCAGAUCCAAACCCAGAGACAAAAAUAUGGAAUUUGAACAUCAACAGGUGACAAGGUGGAGAGGCUAUGUGGACUGGAGAAACAGACCUGCCUAUAGAGGCAGGCAUGGUGGCAUGCUUGCAGCCUCCUUUGUUUUGGUGGUGGAGAUAUUGGAGAAUCUAGCAUAUCUAGCAAAUGCAAGCAACUUGGUAUUGUAUCUAAGAGAAUACAUGCAUUUUUCACCAUCAAAAUCUGCAAAUAAUGUAACAAAUUUCAUGGGAACUGCUUUUCUUCUUGCUCUGCUUGGUGGUUUUUUGUCAGAUGCAUUUUUCACUACUUAUCACAUCUACCUGAUAAGUGCAGUUAUUGAGUUACUGGGACUUAUUGUGCUCACUAUACAAGCUAGUGUACCUUCACUAAAACCACCAUCAUGUGACCCAACAAUUACAUGUCCAGAAAUUAAUGGUGCAAAAGCAGCAAUGUUGUAUGCCGGACUCUAUCUAGUGGCGCUCGGAGUUGGAGGAAUUAAAGGAUCGUUGGCGCCACACGGCGCCGAGCAAUUCGAUGAAGACGAUGUAAAUGGAAGGAAGCAUAGAUCAACUUUCUUCAACUACUUCAUCUUUUGCUUGUCAUGUGGUGGUCUUAUUGCUGUUACUUUUGUUGUUUGGAUUGAAGAUAAUAUUGGAUGGAAAUGGGGUUUUGGAAUCUCUACUAUUUGCAUAUUUUUGUCUAUCCCUGUCUUCUUAGCUGGUUCUCCUAAAUAUAGGAACAAGAUCCCUACUGGGAGUCCACUUACAACCAUUUUUAAGGUUCUGAUUGCUGCUUCAAUGAACAACUGCAUCUACAAAAACUCUAGCAGUGCUGUUGUGAAUAUGACAUCAAGCCCAUCAAAUCCAAACUUGACUAGAACACAACAAGAGGAAGAACAAACAUCCAAAGAAAUCAAACAAUCUAUUGCCCCAACAAACACACUAAAAUUCCUAAACAGUGCAAUUGAAAAUGAAACAAUAAAAUGCUCUGUUGCGGAAGUAGAAGAUGUGAAAGUAGUAUUAAAAAUACUACCAAUAUUUGGUUGCACAAUUGUCCUAAAUUGUUGUCUAGCUCAACUAUCAACAUUCUCAAUUGAACAAGCUGCAACAAUGAACACAAAAGUUGGUUCCUUACAAGUGCCACCAGCCUCAUUACCAAUUUUCCCAGUACUAUUUAUCAUGACCCUAGCACCAAUUUAUGACCAUAUAAUAAUCCCAUAUGCCAGAAAAGUAACAAAAUCAGAAAUGGGAAUCACUCAUCUCCAAAGAAUUGGAAUUGGAUUAGUACUCUCUAUAUUUGCUAUGGCAAUUGCAGCUGUAGUUGAAGUGAAAAGAAAAAGAGUAGCAACAAAUUCAGGUCUACUUGAUGAUGCAACAAAACCAUUACCUAUCACAUUUUUUUGGAUUGCUUUUCAGUUCCUGUUUCUUGGAUCAGCUGAUCUUUUCACUAUGGCAGGGUUAUUGGAAUUUUUCUUUACAGAAGCACCAAUUAAAAUGAGAUCUUGGGCCACAUACCUUACUUGGGCUUCUUUGGCUUUAGGUUAUUACCUAAGUUCAGUGAUUAUAUCAAUAGUUAAUAGUGUCACUGGUAAAUCAUCCCAUAAACCUUGGUUAUCUGGUUCAAACCUUAAUCACUAUCAUUUGGAGAGGUUUUAUUGGCUUAUGUGUGUACUUAGUGGGUUGAAUUUCCUCCAUUACUUGGUUUGGGCUAUUAGGUACAAGUAUAGAGGAACAGGAAACUACAAGUGAUGAGUGUAGAUUAGAAUGGUUAAAAAAAUGAAAAUUUUCAAAUGUUACUUCAUUUUUAAGUACUUUAAGUUUACAAAUUAAGCUUUUGUUCAAAAUUUUGUCAUCUUCUAUAGUUGUAAUUGUUCAUACUUCUCUUUUUAGGAUGUAAUUAUUCAUAUUUGCACUUGCUUUUCAGCA